AUGAACAUAGGACUAAAAGACGGGACAUCUUUUUAUUACAUUUAUUUUUACAUCAUUAUUUAUUUUGAAUUAGAAAUAUAUAUUGAUGAAUGUGAAAGUAACAAAGAAAAAAGUUUUGUGCUACUUGAAAAUUAUUAUAAGUUAUUAGAAGUAAAGGAUAUUUGUAUAGAAUUUGUAAGUCGUUUCGAAACCACCGUUGUUAAUAUUUGUAAUAUAUAUUAUGGCUUAAUGAAAAAACUGAAUAUAUUCUAUAAAGGCUUUAACGAUUCGUUUAAGGAAUAUUAUUGUUUGGUUAAAACGGCUUUGAAUGAUUUAUUGGAAGAUAAAGAUUUUAUAAAAAAGUUUUUAAGUAAUUAA